AUGCCUCCUGUUGGGCUAUUUCAGGUUGCCGUCGGCUGUCGCCGCGAUGGUGGCGGAGGAAGCAGCCAUUCCCUGCCCAAGAGGGAAGGAGACGAUGCGGCGCAGUGGAGCAGCAGCGAAGCGGGGGCGCGGGCGAAGCUGAUCGCGGCGAACGCUCGGGGGCCGAGGUUGGCGUUGUAG